CUAGUUCACUGAAAAAAAUUUUUUAUCAAGCCAAAGAAAUUAAAGAGCCAGUCAAAAAUCCAAAUCAAGUCAUAUCAACACGACUCAAUUACCAGACGCAUAAACAAGCUAUUUAUACAAGUCGGCUUUUGAGCUAUCAAAAUCUUCCUAAACCAAUAAAUGCCAAUCCAG